GUUGGGAAAGAGCCCAUUUAAGGCCCAUACAGGCUGGCCCUUUUAGGCCCAAAACCCUUGAUAGAAGCCAAGUGUGGCCCGCGUUCCUCAUCGCUAGAGUCGGAGUCUCGGAGAGAUGCGGGGAAUCGGAGGUCCGCUCCUCACCAUCGGGGAUCUCCUCAGCGACCUCGCCGUCGACGGCGGCGAUGAUCCCCUCGCCGCUGGCGGAGAUGCGUCCGUUCCCUCCUCUCCCUCGGCGGCACAACAGGCGGGGGAAGCCGACCCGUCCGACCUCAGCCGGCUCUUCGAGGAACACUACAACAAUUUGAUGAAGGCGCUCCAAGAUAACGAUCCUUCAUGGCCAUCGCUGAUGCUGAAGCUAUGCGCGGCGUUGAAGGCUGCAGAUAAGCUGGUGAGCUCCGCGAACACAGAUGCUGAGCAGUUGAUGGAGAAGGUGAAAGUGCUGGAGGGCGUCCUCGAGAGAGGAGAUCGCGCGGUGGAACAGAUUGUAGAAAGUCUCCAGAGGUCAGGCCUCGCCAAGGAUCAUCGGAGUUCCCAAUCGAAAUCGGCUAGCAAGUAGUGGCAUAGUGGUGCGCUCGUGUGGGCCUGUGUUUGUCUUGCAAAUGUGGGCUCUUGUCACUGAUCUUGGGUAUUGAAAAGAGUUGUAUAUCGAUCUUUGAUCAUGAACUCCUACAGUCUGCUUGUGCUUUAGCGCUGCUGGAAUCUUGGAAUGUUUUUGUGUCUUUAUCUCGAUAUACAUUAGCUUGGUUCCUGCUAGAUGUGUUCAGGUUUGGAAUCAAUUCAAAACUCUAAAGCAAAAACCUA